CAGUUAACAUUUGAAGCAGGAUAGAAUGGCUUCCGAUCAUUCUUUGGUGGCAGUAAUAGAUUUCGGUACCACUUACUCUGGCUAUGCCUUUUCAACAAGAAGUGAUUAUAAGACUGAUCCGCUGAAAAUCCAUGCCAAUCAAGCAUGGAAUGCCGGUGGGAGACAACUGCUAUCACUAAAGACGCCAACAGUUCUUCUACUCGACAAGAACAAGGAGUUUGUUUCUUUUGGUUACGAAGCAGAAAACCAGUAUUCCGACUUAAUGAUAGAACAAGAACAUGAAGAAUACUACUACUUUCAUCGAUUUAAAAUGAAACUUCACAAAAAUAUACAUUUGUCAGCAGCCACGGUGAUUGAGGAUAUAACUGGAAAGUCGGCAUUAGCAAUGGAUGUGUUUGCUAUAUCCAUACAAGCCCUGAAGGACCAUUUGAUUGAAGAAUUAGAUAAAAAGGGAACUACAAUGACGGUUAAAGAUAUAAGAUGGGUGCUUACUGUACCAGCCAUAUGGACUGAUGCAGCAAAACAAUUUAUGAGAAAAAGUGCUGAAAAGGCUGGAAUACCGGACGAAAAUUUACUGCUAGCAUUGGAACCUGAAGCUGCUUCUAUAUAUUGUCAAUAUCUUCCAACUGACAAACUAAAUGGUGCAGACGAAGGAUUCUCAAUGGCUGAAGUUGGGCCACAGUAUAUGAUAAUUGACGUAGGAGGGGGUACCGUAGAUGUAACUGCUCACGAAAAACAACAAGAUGGAAAACUAAAAGAAUUAUGCAAAGCAAUCGGUGAUGCAUGCGGGGGAACUUCCAUUGAUAAUGAGUUUUUUCAGUUGAUGGUGAAAAUUUUUGGAGCACCUUUAAUGAAUAGUUUGUCAGAGAACGAUCCAUCAGCAUAUCUUUUCAGAGAAUUCGAAACUGUAAAAAGAACCAUAAACCCCAAAAAAUCAGGAAAAAUUUCUUUGUCGCUUUAUAUACUUUGUGCAAGAAGAAUUUUGGGGAAGAUUUACCUAGCACUGUGUCGUCUUGUUCCCUGAGCGAUGAAAUUUCUCUACGUGGCGAUAAAAUGAGGGUUGAAUCAUUUACUCUGAAAGCCUUAUAUUCAAAAUCAACGGUAGAUAUUGUUAGUCAUGUAUCCAAAGUAAUCCAGCAAUGUGAAAGUGUAUCUAUACUGGUACUGGUAGGAGGGUAUACAGAAUCAGAAAUGAUUCAGCAUGCCAUACGAAAGGAAUUUCCAGAUAAGCGAAUCCUUAUCCCUGAAGAUGCAGGAUUGUCCGUAUUGAAAGGGGCCGUUCUCUUUGGCCAAAAUCCAGAUGUCAUAUCAUCACGCGUGAUGCGAUAUACCUAUGGCUUACAGGUUAAAGAAAAGUUUAACCACGAUUUUCACGAUAAAGAAAAAUUUCAAAUAGUAAAUGGUCAAGAAAUGUGUAAACAUAUUUUUUGGAUUGUCAAAAAGUUAAACGAGGCCACUCCACCGGGAACGAAAGUAGUAAAACCAAUCGUCACUCUAGAACGAUUUCAAAAAACACUAAAAAUACCUGUUUAUGCGUCUGAUAAAAAGGAACCAAUGUAUACUGAUGAACCAGGGUGCAUGAAGAUUGGAACCGUCAUAAUUAAAAUAUCUCAUCCAUCCGAGGCUAUCCGUAAUUUUGAUUUUGAAAUAGCUUUUGGUGACACUGAAUUAACAGUUACUGCAACCGAAAGGGGGACAUUCUUCACAAAAACUGCAAAAUUUGACUUACUGUGAAUUGAUUCAGUUAGUAUAAACUGAUUUUACUAUGUUUAGAUGAACUUUGUGAGACAAUGAACAGUCAGAUCAGAUCUUUUAUACUUUAAAGGCAUAUUUCUGUCAUGUUUAUAAGGGAAUGCGACUGAGAUAAUCUUUCAAUGCUUUUAACAAUUUCCUUAAUUUCUAUCAAAGAACUUACCAUUAAUUUUUUGAAAUAAAGCAUAUGAAAAUAAAGGAAUAAACCAUUUUUUUAAAUGAAAAAAAUCUUCGGAUUUUUAAGAUAAGUUAUGUGCUUCUGAGGGUCCUUUCAAUUUGGUUGACAGUUUUGACUUUUCGACUCUCUACACUACAUUUCUACACAACCUUCUCAAACAAAAUUUUCCGAUUUAACUAAAUGGUCUUUUGAAAAAUUUGAUCGCAACUUAUAUAAAGCCUUCUUCUGUAAUAAAAAGGGUAAAUAUGCUAGAUCUACUUACG